AUGUCCCUUCAAAUUGAAACUAUUGGAACAAAACCAUACCAAGACCAAAAACCAGGUACCUCUGGUCUACGUAAGAAGACUGCCAUCUUCAUGAAUGAACCCAACUACACUGAGAAUUUCAUCCAAGCCAUGCUGGACGCUAUUCCAGAAGGUUCCCAAGACGCUACAUUGGUAGUCGGUGGUGAUGGUCGUUUCUAUAAUGAUGUCAUCAUGAACAAGAUCGCUGCCAUUUCAGCUGCUAAUGGUGUCAAAAAAUUGAUCAUCGGUCAAAAUGGUCUAUUGUCUACCCCUGCUGCAUCCCAUAUCAUUAGAUCAUAUGAAGAAAAGGUCACUGGUGGGAUCAUCUUGACUGCCUCUCAUAACCCAGGUGGUCCAGAAAAUGAUUUGGGUAUUAAGUACAAUCUAGCUAAUGGUGGGCCAGCACCAGAAUCUGUCACCAAUGCUAUUUGGGAAGUCUCUAAGAAACUAACCCAUUAUAAGAUAAUUAAGAAUUUCCCACCUUUAGAUUUAUCCAAGAUGGGUAAAGAUCAAAAAUAUGGUCCAUUAUUGGUUGAUAUCAUUGAUGUGACAAAAGAUUAUGUUGACUUCUUAAAGGAAAUUUUCGAUUUUGAAUUGAUCAAAAAAUUCAUCCAUAAGCAACGUGAAACCAAAAACUGGAAAUUACUUUUCGAUUCCUUGAACGGGAUUACAGGACCAUAUGGUAAGGCUAUCUUCGUCGAUGAAUUUGAUUUACCAGCUAAUGAAGUCUUGCAAAACUGGCAUCCAAAACCUGAUUUUGGUGGAUUACACCCAGAUCCAAAUUUAACUUAUGCAAAGACCCUUGUUGAACGUGUUGACCGCGAAAAGAUUGAAUUCGGUGCAGCUUCCGAUGGUGAUGGGGACAGAAAUAUGAUUUACGGUGCUGGUCCUGCAUUUGUUUCACCAGGUGAUUCAGUCGCUAUCAUUGCUGAAUACGCCUCUGAAAUUCCAUAUUUUGUUAAACAAGGUAUAUAUGGUCUUGCACGUUCUUUCCCUACUUCUGCUGCUAUUGAUCGUGUGGCCAAAGCUCAUGGUUUGAGUUGUUACGAAGUGCCAACUGGUUGGAAAUUUUUCUGUGCCUUAUUUGACGCUAAGAAGUUAUCUAUUUGUGGUGAGGAAUCUUUUGGUACUGGUUCCAAUCAUAUCAGAGAAAAGGAUGGUCUUUGGGCCAUUGUUGCCUGGUUAAAUGUUUUGGCAAUUUACAAUAAACACAACCCAGAAAAGGAUGCUUCUAUUAAGACAAUUCAAGAAGAAUUCUGGAACAAAUAUGGUAGAACUUUUUUCACUCGUUAUGAUUACGAACACAUUUCCAAUGAAGAUGCUUCCAAGGUAGUUGACUUAUUGAACAAUUUUGUAUCUAAGCCAAACGUCAUUGGUUCUGCUUUCCCAGGUGAUGAAUCAUUAACUGUCGUGGAUGCUGGCGACUUCUCUUACACUGACCUUGAUGGAUCUGUCUCUGAUCACCAAGGUUUAUUCUUUAAACUAUCAAACGGUGCAAGAAUUGUAUUAAGAUUAUCUGGUACCGGUUCUUCAGGAGCUACAAUUAGAAUUUACGUGGAAAAUUACACCGACGAUAAAACUAAAUACGAAGAAUCUGCUCAAGAUUUCUUAGCCCCUACCAUUAAAACGGUGGUGAAAUUCUUGAAAUUCAAAGAAUUUAUUGGAACUGAAGAACCAACGGUCCGUACAUGA